AUGUCAAGUACCAAAGAUGAGAGUACUGUCAAUGAUGAAAUAACUCCAUUACAAACACAAAUACCAUCAGAAAGUACUGUUGGAAUUUCCACAGUUGACGUUGGCGACGAAAUGAUUAAUCAGAAAUGGACAUCCUCAUUGUUAAUGUCUGUCAUUGUUGUUUCACUAUCUACUAGUUUUGUCAUGGGAGUUAAUAUCGGAGGUCCUAAUUUAUAUAAUGGGUUUAUUGUACCAUGGACACGUGGUCAUCCAUUCCCAUGUCAAAAAGAAGGCAGUACAUCACAAUGGAUUGCACGUAAAUGGUGGUAUUGUGUUUAUAAUGAUACAACAAAAAAUACUAAUGGUUAUUACUAUCUUCCUGAAAUAUUGAAGAAAAAUCUUAUUGGUCAGCGAUUAAAAGAUUCACUUCAUAAUGUUUUAUUUGUUAUUGGAGGCUUUAUUGGUGCUUAUUCGGGACAAUAUUGGUACAGAUGUUUGUCAAGACGAAAUGCUAUUUUUGCAAGUAUGCCAUUUCAAAUAGUAGCAUCGAUAUUUAUGAUUAUUACAUUAUAUAUAUAUCAUGGAUACGAAAUAAAUGAUCCCGAUCAAGAAUCUAUAGAUAAAGCUAUAAAAAAUAAAGAUGUAGCUAUAGCAUUUUUCUAUAUUUCUCGAUUUCUUUCCGGAUUUUCUGCUGGCAUGUGUUGUGUAGUAUCAACAUCUUAUUUAAAUGAAAUAAGUCCUCGAGCACUACGAGGUACUGUAGGUUCUUGUCAUCAAUUAGCAAUUGUCAUAGGUAUUCUUGUUGGACAAAUUAUUGGUUUACCAUGGAUACUAGGACGACAUAAUGCUUGGAAUUGGGGUAUGUCAUGGGUUGGUUUAUUAGCUUUAAUUGGUUCUAUAUUAAUUUGGAUACUGCCUGAAAGUCCUCGAUGGCUUGUACAAGAACAAAAACAGAAUGAAGCUUCAAAAACACUACGUAAAUUAAGGCAAAGUAAUAAUAUUGAAGCUGAACUAGUUGAAAUUCAAGAAGAAGAAUCAGCAGCUAAUAAAGAAAAUCUAGAAAUUAGUAAAGUACUUAGACUAAAUGAAUUUCGAUGGCCAUUAAUCACAAGUUUAGUAUUAAAUGGUAUUCAACAAUUAUCAGGAAUCAAUGCUGUCUUUUUCUACUCUGGUGAUAUGUUUUCAGUAGCUGGUCUUCGUGAAGAAAAAGUAUUUUGGGGCAUAUUAGCAACAGGUGUAAUUAAUCUUAUUGCAACUAUUGUUGCUUUGAAACUUAUUGAAAUAUUGGGUCGUCGUCCAUUGAUUAUUUGGCCAUUGGCUAGUAUUAUAAUUGUCAUGAUUGGUCUUACAAUAUUAAUUGUUUUAAAUGCCAAUAAUCCAGAACAUAAGAAAGAAGCAUUGGCAAUCGUCAGUAUUGUAUUUAUUCUUAUCUUUAUUAUUUUAUUUGCAAUCGGUCUUGGGCCCAUUCCUUAUGUGUAUUCAAAUGAAGUUUUUGCUGUUGAAGCACGUGCUGCUGGACUUUCACUAGCAAUGUUUAUCGUAUGUAUUAUUAUUAUCAGUGUUAUUAGUAAUAAUUACUUAUUUUAA